CUAUAAUAUAUAAAUAAGUCAGUUGACUGCAUAAUCUAUUAGAGACAUAUAAAGAAGUUCGACCUUCGCGCUUCCACAUACUGGUAAAGUAUACAGUUAACGAGAUGAGAUUUGAUGUGCAGCUUCUCCUGGUCACAUUGUUGAUUAUAGCUAGUGCAAGUUACACUCUUUCGAUUAGUUGUUAUGUUUGUGACGAUUGUCCAAAACCAUUCAAUGUCUCUUCUCCACGUGUUGGUGUAGCAACAGGCUGCAAAGUUUGCAUAACGGCAUCAAUUGACCUAUUCGAAGGUGACGUCAGAAAAUGCUCAGAUAAGUGUGAUCCAGAGACAAAGAAUAUAAAAGUUUUUAACUUCAAUUACACAUGUUGUGAUAGAGACUACUGUAAUGUAGGCUUCAAAAGUUGUCCAACAUAUCAAUUCUUGUUUGUGCCUAUCUUGAUUAUCUGUUUCUACAUAAGUAAGAAACAGUGAAUUAAAACAAACACAAACAGCAAACAACAAACAAGCAAGCAAACAAACAAACGUAUUUUGAACAACAUGAAGACAUCUCAUUUCAUAUUGGAUUGUUUUGUUUUUAUAGAGUUUUCCAUUCAUUUUACAGUUUAGUGACUUGAAGAAAAAACUCCUUUCUUGUAUUUGUGUUUGUUUAAAUUGAUGUAUAUCAGUUGAUUCAAGGACAUAUUUCUGGUCAUCUGCUUACAGAUAUAACUUUCUUAUUUUCGUAUCACAUUCAUUUCAUUGUAUACUUAAAAUCUAAUCAUAUUCUUUAAUAUUGAAAAGUUGUAUUCACAAAAGUAAUGUUUUAUUUUUCUGUUUUUGGUUUGUCUGAAGCUUUGAAGUAAAAAAAACCCACUACUGGUUAAAGAUGUUAGAAG